CUGCAGAAAGAUCUGGAAGAGGUAAAGGUGUUGCUGGAAAAGGCCACUCGAAAAAGAGUACGUGAUGCCCUUACAGGUGAAAAAACCAAGAUUGAGACAGAAAUCAAGAACAAGAUGCAGCAAGUCACAAGGGAAAACAGACACUGUUGAGAACGAGAAGCCAGCGGCUGUGGUUGCUCCCAUUUCAAUGGGAUAUACAGUGAAAAUCAGUAAUUAUGGAUGGGAUCAGUCAGAUAAGUUUGUGAAAAUCUACAUCACCUUAACUGGAGUCCAUCAAGUCCCCACUGAGAAUGUGCAGGUGCAUUUCACAGAGAGGUCAUUUGAUCUUCUGGUAAAGAACCUAAAUGGGAAGAGUUACUCCAUGAUCGUUAACAACCUUUUGAAACCCAUCUCUGUGGAAGGGAGUUCAAAAAAAGUCAAGACUGAUACAGUCCUUAUCUUGUGUAGAAAGAAAGCUGAAAACACACGGUGGGACUACCUGACUCGGGUUGAAAAAGAAUGCAAAGAGAAAGAAAAGCCUUCCUAUGACACUGAAACAGAUCCUAGUGAGGGAUUGAUGAAUGUCCUAAAGAAAAUUUAUGAAGAUGGCGAUGAUGAUAUGAAGAGAACCAUUAAUAAAGCUUGGGUAGAAUCAAGAGAGAAGCAAGCCAAAGGAGAUACAGAAUUUUGAGACUUUAUAAGAUCAUUUUGGGAACUGUGAUGUGGAAAUAACUGUUGUUUCCAAUAAGGGAAUGUUGGUGAGCUGCACAGGUAAAAUUUGACUUAUCAUAUUUACUCAGCCUUCUUCCACAUAAAAGGAAUGAAUUCUCCAUUCCCCACUGGAGAAUUUAUUUAAAUAAAAUGUUUAUUAAACACUUUCUUCAAAGAUGAUUUCAUUAGUAUCCUGGUCAUUUUUUUUUCAAGAAUGAGUUAUAUUGCAUUUUUAUAUGAAAUUUUUAAAGCAAGUCUUGCCAAAUAAAA